AUGGAGUCGGCAAAACCGAUCCGCAAUCUCGGGCAAAGCGGCAGCUUGGUGGUGCUCAGGCUCGGUGGCGGCAGCUUAGUGGUCAUAGGCGUGGUCGUGCUCAAGCCUUGUAUGGUCGUUGUGGUCAUCAGCGUGGUCGUACUGAAGCUUGUCAUGCUUGUUGUGACCAUGAUCCUGGUCCUGGUCAAACGUUUCAGAGUGGUUGUGGACAUAAGCGUGGUCGUUUUCAAGCAGGUCAUACACUUCGUGAUCAUGAGCGUGGGCGUGCUCAAGCCUUGCAUGGUCUUCGUGGUCAUAAACGUGGUCGUGCUCAAGCUGUUCAUGGUCCUCGUCGUGCUCAAGCUGUUCAUGGUCUUCGUGGCCAUGAGCGUGGCCCUUCUGAAGAUGUCGAGGGUCUUCGUGGUCAUAAACGUGGUCGGGUUCAGGCUUGUCAUGGCUUUCGUGAUCAUGAGCGUGGUCGUACUCGAUGACUUAAAGAUCUUGGUGAUCAUGCGUGAGGUCGAGCUCAUGCCUGUCCUGGUCUUCGUGAUUUCGCGUGGAAGCGGGCUCAGGCAGUUUAUGGUCCACGUGGUCAUGGUUGCGGCCGUGCUGCAACUUCUCAGAUCUUCAGGGUCAUAA